AUGGGUGACCUGACCAGCCUGGCCCGAGGCCCAGGUAUGCCACCACAGCACAGAGCCCGCGCGACCGCCCGACCGCACGGCCGCCCCCGCCGGCGCGGCGCGGCGCUGCUGGCCGCCGCCGCGCUGGCCCUGGCGGCCGCACGGCUCGCCGGGCCUGCCCCCGGCGCCGGGGGCUCCGCGCCGGCGCCGGCGCCGUCCGGGGCGCUGGCGUGGGUGCUCUUCGGCGUCACCGCGGCUUUCCUGGCCCACUUCGCCUCGCUCUAUGUGCAGCUGCCUGGGCUCCUGGGCGAGGCGGGCCUUUCGCCGCUGGCCGGGCGCGGCGACCUCUCGGGGGCGUGGCUGCUGGGGCUGUUCCCCAGCGCCGAGCUGGGCGUAGAGCUGAUGUGCGUCGCGGGCAUGGCGACUUCUGUGGCCCAGCUGGCGGCACCAGGCGCAGCCCUCCGGAGCGGUCCCGCUGGUGCCUUCUCGUACGCGAUGUUGCUGGCGAUGUGGCACGACCUCGUGGUGGCCGGCGGGCGAUUUACCGCGUAUCAGAUGGACACCAUAUUGCUGGAUUUGGCGCCUCUCUGUGUCGUGGCCGCCUUCGGCGCCUACCCUGGUGCUUGCGCUUUCGCUUUUCGGUGGCUCCUCGUCCGGCUCUACCUCGGAGGUGGCGCAGUGAAGCUGCUCAGUUGCGACGAGAGUUGGCGCAACCUCAGCGCGCUGCACUGGCACUUCCAGUCCCAGCCUCUCCCAAACCCCAUCGGAAACGCGGCCCACCUGUGGGUGCCCGAGCCGCUGGGUGAGGUGUCGACGCUGCUGGCACUGGUUCUGGAGAUUUCGGCCCCGUUCCUCUUCCUUGCCCCGGCAUGCUGGGCGAGGCGCACGGCGUUUCUCAUGCAGUCGCUGCUGCAGGCCGGCAUCGCGCUCGCUGGCAAUUUCGGACCCUUCAACUUCUUGACUAUGCCCCUGGCGUGGGGUGCUGUCCUUGUCGCCCCGCUGGCCUUGGCCGCGUGCGCGGGCGCGUGGGAAGAGGCAGCCGUAGGGGCCUUGAUGACGAUCGGCAGCCUCGUGCCUCUGUUCCGAGGCCUCGGAGUCGCCCUGCCCGUCGACCCGGCGCUCCUGGCCCCCCUCGGCCUGGGCUCGUCGUCGUACGGGCUGUUCGCGAGGAUGACUGGCGUGGGAGGCAGACCCACGGUGGUCAUCGAGGCUGCGCAGGAAGCCGCCGGGCCCUGGCUCACGGUGCCGUUCAGAUACCAGGACGGCAGCCCGCUGGGCUGGCCGGGCCGGCUGCUGCGCGGCAUCGCGUCGGGCGAGCGCGCCGUCGAGGACCUCCUGGACGGGCCCGCGCUCCGGGCCGACGGCACCGGCGCCUGGUGGUCGCGCGCGCCCGCCGACGUGGCCGUGGACUCGGCCUGGGAGGGCCUCUCGCCUCGGGUGGAGCUCCGCGGCGUCUCGGCUGCAGAGGCCUUCGCGCUCUACGACGCGCCCGGCAACCACCACCGGUGGUCGCCGUGGCUGCUCGGGGUGGCACAGGGGGUCGAUGGGGAGACGAGCGAGUGGUCCGUGCGUGCCUGGGGGCUCACGCUCAGGUGGAGGGCGCACGUGGUGGACUGGAGGGCCGAUGCGAUCAUCGUCUGGGAGAGCACCAGCGGCCCUCCCAUCAGACGCACCGCGACAUUUGCGCCCCGACUGGGCGAGGAGGGCAGCUGCCGCGUCGGCUUCGAGGUCGCCGUCAGGAUGCCACGGCUCGUGGGGUGGCUCUUCAGGGUCAGCUUCGUGGCCCGGCUCAUCGGGCGCACCGUGUCACGGGACCUGGCCCGAUUUGCAGACGUGGCGAAGGAGGGGAAGCGGGUUGCGCAGGGUCUCGCAGAUCGCUCGGGCGCCCCCGCGGCCGCGGCCGCGGAGGUGGUGACGCGGUCCGUCCACCGGGACGGCUUCGGCAGCUGCGGGGUCGAGCUCACGGCCGACGGCCUCAUCCGCUUCCAUCUGCACGGCUUCGGCACCAGCGCCACGACCGCCGCCAUGCUCGGCGACCUGCUCGCGGGCAUGGGGCGGAUCCCCGGCCAGGCCUGCCGCUGCCUGGUGGACAUGCGCGAGGGCCGCGCGGCGUCGCCGCUGGUGACGCCCCACAUCGUGGAGUUCGUGCGCGCCGAGGGGCCCAGGAUCGACCGGACCGCCGUCGUCGGCCCCGGGGUCCUGGUGGCGUUCGCGCGGCUCGUCGCGCAGGUGUCGCGCCAGCCAGGGGUGGGCUUCUUCCUGGAUGCGGCGGAUGCCGAAGCCUGGCUCGCCGAGGCGUCGCAGACCAGCGCGCGUGCCCCUCACUCGCCGCUGCGGACGCCACCGGCGUCGGGCACUUGCUCGCACGCGCACCUCCUGGUCGCAGGCGACGAGCCAAAGGACGUAGAAGAGGUAAACAACUGGAGCCCGAGGAAAUGCGACCAGGAAGUCCACGCUGCACGCUUCGACCCCGCGACCAGGGCGUGGUCGGCCACCCCGCCCAUGCGGACGCCCCGCAUCCAGGUGGCUGCCGCGGCGCUGGGUGGUCUGCUCUAUGUCGUCGGCGGCAGGAGCUGCAACACCCCGGAGCCCCUGGCCGCCGCGGAGACGUACAACCCAGAGACUGGAGAGUGGCGCCAGCUGCCCGAGAUGCCGACGGCCAGGGCGUUCUGCUCCGCGGUGGCGGUCCUGGGCAGCCUGCUGGUCAUCGGCGGGAGGGCAGGCGACAUGGACCCCGCCAACUGGAUGGCCGCGUUCAGCCACGUGCCAGUGCCCAAUUUGGUGAUGCCAGGCGCUCACGAUUCGGGGGCCCAGGACCUGAACUUCUUGUCCACGGCCCCUGACUGGAAGGCAGCGCGCGGCCUGCUGCCCCUGGCAUGCUGCGUGGUGAAGCCGUGGAGCGAGGCCCAGGGUUGCGACGCGGCUGGACAGCUGCUCGCUGGCUGUCGCUACUUCGACCUGCGCAUCGGCAUCGACGACGCUGUCGAGGAGGAGGGGGCUGCGGAACGAUACCGGCUCUGCCAUGGUUAUUUCUCGAGGGGCACCUUGGGGGACUUCCUGGAGGACGUCAGGGGUUUUCUGGACGAGCACCCCACCGAGGCCGUUUUCUUGGAGGCAAAAACAGUCACGUCUUUCGCGGAUUCCGUGUCCAUGGAACAGCACCACACCUUGAUCGCAUACAUGGAGGAGCUCUUGGGGGGCAAGGGAGCCUUCGUCAACAAGAAGAACAUGAUGCGCCCGCUAGGCCAGCUGCUAAGCGAAGGCAAGCAGGUCUUCAUGGUAUACCAGCCCGGCGGUUGGGGUCACCCCGGAGAGUCGCCAGUCGACGAUCAUCGAGACACGAUGCUCCCAGGGUAUCUGAUGCGAAGCAUGUGGCCGAACGUGUGCGACCCGGCCUCUCUGUGCGACAGCCUCGGGCAGGAGAUCGAGGAGCAGGGCGCCCCGAAUCACAACAAGUUCCUCGUCCUGCAGUGCGUGAUGACCCCCGGCGCCAACGAGAUUCUGAAGGGGCUCCUCGGCUGCGGCUUCUUCGACCGGAGCCUCCUCGCGCUCGCCCGCCGCGCGGAGCCCGAGCUCCAGGAGUUCCUGGAGGGCAUCCCAGAGAGUUCGCUCGCCCACGGAGCGGUGAUCAUGCUGGAUUGGAUCGAAGAGCAGCCUGACCUCAUCCAGUGGGUGCUUCAGCGCAACCACGCGUGCCACGCCCCAGCCUGA